AUGCGCGUGGAGCUUGAUUGCGCGAGCCAUAUGGUCAAGAAGCCAUGGGCGUGGGGAACAUUUGCCAGCCAGCGGCGCAAGUGGGAGGCCCACGCGACGCUGUCCGAGGACUUCAGGCACGACCACAUCGCGCCCAAUAAGGAGGUUCCCGUUGCGCUGCUGGCCAACGAUCCCGAGUACGCCGCCGCCAAGAAGCUGGCCGAGAGCGAGGCGCAGCCCGACAAGGGGGAGCGUCCCGACGACCUCGACCGGCAGCGUCAUUGGUGA